AUGCUCAAAUAUCAAGUGCGAAGUAGUACUUUAUCAUUACCUUUUAGUCAUAAGCCAUCUUCAUCUUCAUCGUCAUCUUCAUCUCCAUCACUUCAUGAAACCAGAAUUUACAUUCGAGAUAGGUCCAAUUCUUUAAGUUCAUUAAGUUCUGUGGAUAGUGGCGAUUCCAAUGAAUGGGGUACAUUACGCAUCUAUACAGGUGAUAUCAAAGAGGAUACAGAUUAUAAAACGUUAAAAAUUUCAACAAGUCAUACGGUGAAAAAUAUUGUAGAUAUAAUUUUGAUGAAAUUUCGCAUAUCUUGCAAAGAUCCAAACUUAUUCGAAAUUAUUAUGGAAGUCUGGACUCGAUAUCAUGGAGAACAAGUGAAGAGUUUUCUGCUGCUUCCUCGAAAUGCACGACCACUUGAACUUCAGCGAUGUCAUCCUAUGCAGAUGUCUCGAUUUCUCAUGACAAUGUCCACAAAUGGCGUCCUCGUGAGAAUAUAUGACUAUUUAAUCACACCUCAGAGUAAUUACAAGUCAUUAUUCAUUUCUCCUCGAACAACGUGUUAUGAAGCAAUAAUCAUGCUGCUUUCGAUAAGCCGGAAACCCGGCCCACCGACUGAUUUUCGACUCUAUCUUUCAGAUACGAAAAAUGACCUCAAUAUGAAUGAUACUUUAGCUGAUCUUUACCUCGCCUUAUCAAAUGAACAAAAAAUUUUGAUCCGAUCAGUUUCUACAAUUAGCUAA